AUGACACAAGAAAGGUUGCCCAUAUAUAGGGGGACACAACGAAUUUGGUCGCUGCUUACCGCACUUAUAAGAUGGCGAGCCGUUAGCCGCGAGGAGACAACCACUAGUCUUUCCACUCUCAAUGUCAAACUCUUGUUUUGUAAUAAGGUGGUGAGCCAUGAAGCCGCCAUAGUUUUCUACAACAAGAACACAUUUGCUUUCGAGGGAGAUCAUAACUGGGAUCCUGUUGUUCAUUGGCUGAAAACCAUUGGCACUGAAAAUCGAAAUUCUCUUGCAAUUCUGGAGGUGUGUGACAAGCGACCCGAUCAAAUGUGGCAAAAUUUCCGUGGAGAGCGUAUGCAGCAUCCUUUCAGGUAUUCAGGUGAGGAAGUAUACCUUAGGCAUCCAUACUUUGCCACCCCCAUAGAUGGUUUCAAAUAUGGCUGCGUCGACAACAUCAACCCGAUCGUGGAAGAUGUUUUUGUAUUGUUAGGACAGCGGGUCUCUAACAAGAAAGUUACUAUUAUCAUGCGAACUGGUGCAUCUUACCCUGGUGGAAGGACUGGUCUCGUUGAACCCAAUGAGCUACACCCGACAAAUGGCUGGUACAGCAUGGAGCUGCCAAACUUGAUAGAGAAGUUUCUAGAGCUUCAUUCAACCCGCUCUAUGAAGCGUUCAGUGGAGGUUCUCUGGAAAGGAUUGACAUAUAAACGAGUCCUUGAGACGGAAUUCAUGGAGAAUCUUGGGUGGAAUAUCUUCACCUCACCCGUCGAAAAUGAAGAGGCACUUGCUAUAUUUGGUAAAGAUCACAACAAAGAUGAGACUUUCGUUAGGUACACACUGAAGAGAAAGAAACUCACGGGGCCACUUGUAACUCAAGAUCCUUCGCCCUAUUCAGACGUCCAUGUAUCACAGAAAUUAGGGAGAGGGAGGUUUAUUUUUAGAAACAGGAACAUCUUCGAAUUGAUGAUACACGAUACUUGCUUGGUAUAA